AUGGCUGACGACGAUCGCGAUCACCGAGCGAAGCGCUCUCGUUUCGACAAGACCGAACCCGAACCCCGACGGUCGCGAUUUGACCGCCGGUCUCGUUCUCCAUCCACAAGACACUCAGAAUCGACUCGAACUCGCAGUCCCGAUCCUCGAAGCCCUGGCGAGGCCCAGUCUGGUGCUUUGGACCCGGCUGCCGCAGCAGCUGCCGCCGCUGCCAAAAUCAAUGCCCAGUUGCAAGCGAAAAAGGGCAUUCAGCAUGUCGAUGUUCCUCCAAUCCGCUCAAGUGCAACCCCAUCGCAAACCGGGACCCCCUCCAGUGCCGAUGCAUCGGGCAAAUUGAACGACGAAAUCUAUGUCGCUGAUGGAGACUAUAUCAAAGAUAUAGAGAUCAAUGAUCUGCGCAACCGUUAUACGUUGACCAAAGGGUCAACUCAGAAGAUGAUUAAAGAUGAAACUGGCGCCGAUGUCACCACCCGAGGCAACUAUUAUCCCGACAAAAACAUGGCAACGGCCGCGAAUCCACCUCUGUAUCUGCAUGUGACAAGCACCAACAAGGAGGGCCUCGAGAAGGCCGUGGUCCUGAUCAAUGACCUCAUGCAGAAAGAGCUCCCUAACCUAGUCGAUGAACGACGCUUCCGUCGCCGCGAGCCCGAGCAAGUGGAGCGGGAUGAGUAUGGCCGUCGCAAAUGGCCUGAGGAGCGCAUUCCGAUUGAUCUGGAGCCCAUUCCCGGAUUUAACCUGCGUGCUCAAGUCGUCGGACAGGGCGGUGCCUACGUGAAGCACAUCCAGCAGAAGACCCGCUGCAAGGUUCAAAUCAAAGGCCGUGGCUCUGGUUUCAUUGAAACUAGCACCGGACAGGAAAGCAACGAUCCCAUGUUUUUGCAUGUAGCCGGACCGGAUCCCAACGACGUCCAAGCCGCCAAGGAGCUCUGCGAAGACCUCCUCACCAACGUCCGAGAGCAGUACCAACGAUUCAAGGAGAACCCACCUCAGCACGGUUACGGCGGCGGCGGAUAUGGCCAGCGCGGCGACCGCUACCACGGAGGCGGUGGUGGAGGAGGUGGCGGCUAUGGCGGCGGCUACAAUCGCCAGCAAUCGUCGCCCACAGAUAGCCAAGGCGCAGGCGGUGCCGCCGGCAGUCCAACAGACUACAGUGCGGCCUACGCUCAGUACUACGGGGCCGAUCCCUAUGCCGCCUACGGUGGAUACCAAAACUACGUCGCCUACUACCAGUACUACCAGCAAGCUGCUGCCGCCCAGCAACAGCAGUCGCAGAGCCCUGCUCCGCCUCCCCCGCCUGGCAAUGAGGCACCUCCCCCUCCACCUCCAGGAGCUGGGUCUCCGCCGCCGCCUCCUCCGGGCGGUGGUGCUGGUUACAGCGCAGUUCCCCCGCCUCCUGGUCUGUGA